CUCGUACCUCGCUUCGGGGUAGAAUACCAACUAUCAGAGAUGUGUUCACUGAAUCAUGCCGCGUCGUUCCCAACUUGAAGCAUUGAAGGCUUGGGGACGAAACAGAUCGAGAAACUUGAUUCAUCAUGCUGUUUUCAUACAUGCGGCAUAUAAUCUUAUACGUCACGGACUACAACAUUUAGUAAUAGGAAUAAGCACCCGACUGCGUCUGUUACUUUCUCACUGACGUUGUUGCACAUCGAUCGACCAAACUGAAACAGGUCAAUUACUACUCACGCAAUGCAGUCUUACGCAGCGGAGCAGAAACAACCUGAGGACAGGGUCGAUAGAGUGGAGGACAGUCGCAACCACAUAGGAUUCCUCAGACGUACCACUCAGUUACUUUCUCGAUAUGGAAUUGAAACUCAUGGCAUCGUACCGGUGCCAGUAGAGGAACGUCUCGAGACUCGGUGGUACCAGUUGUUUUUCGUUUGGUUCUCCUCCUGCAUGAAUCUCUUGUCAUUCAGCACUGGCACUACUGGCCCUGCAUUUUUUUCCAUGGGAGUUCGCGACUCCUUAGCUAUUAUCAUCGCUGUUAACCUAGUAUGUUGUUUAUUGCCAGGAUUCUCUGCUGUUUUCGGGCCAAAGCUUGGCAUGCGAGCUAUGGUGCAAGCAAGGUUCUCAUGGGGGUAUUUCGGUGCCAUCAUACCGGCCGUCUUGAAUGCUUUCUCCUUGGAAGGCUUCCUUAUUCUGAAAUGCAUUAUUGGCGGACAAACGAUAGCUAGCUUGUCUUCUCAACUUAAUGAUACUCUUGGUAUCGUUAUACUUGGUAUCAUAUCUCUUAUAGUCACUUUCUGUGGAUACCGCGUUAUCCAUUGGUACGAAAGUGUUGCUUGGAUCCCGAAUGUAAUUGCUUUUAUCACCAUGUUGGCUGUCGGUUAUCCACAACUACGCGAAAACCUAUCGGCUCCUGUCCCUCCAGCAACACCUGCUAAUGUCAUAUCUUUUGCGUCCAUUAUCGCAUCUAAUAUGAUCAGCUGGUGUACCAUGAUCCCUGACUAUGGCGUAUACCAUAGCCCUGAUGCUUCUUCUGCCAGAAUUUUUAUCUACACAUAUCUUGGGUUCUUCGUGUCUAAUGUGACUGGUCAGGCUCUGGGUGCAGCAUUCGCAGCAGCAGCUCCGAGCGUACCUGCUUGGAAUACGGGAUUCGAUGACAGCUCUUCCGUCGGUGGUUUGUUACACAGCGUCUUGUUACCUACAGGUGCAUUUGGAAAAAUCCUGACUGCUUUGGUCGCUCUCAGCAUAUCCAGUGCCUGUGCACCAACGAUGUAUACGUUCAGCAACAGUUUCAUGGCUAUUGCUACGUGGUUUUCUACGGUGCCCAGAUGGGUAUAUGUCCUCAUCUCGGAAGGAAUCCUGAUACCAGUGGCCAUUGUUGGUGCCAAAAGGUUUUACGCUACCUUUGUCGACAUCCUUAACAUCGUUGGAUAUUGGUCAUCAGCAUUCUCUGCGAUAAUACUCACAGAGCAUGUGUUAUUCCGACGAGCCUCGUUUUCCGAGGAUCAAUAUCCCAUCUCGACUUGGGAUUCAUAUACCCUCUUGCCUAGCAGUAUUCCCGCAGUAGUGGCUUUCGUGUGCGCGGCUGGAGCUCUUGUUCCAUUCGUGUCACAGGCUUGGUAUGUAGGACCAGUAGCGAGGCAAGGCAGUGGAGACGUUGGUGUGUUCGUGGGGUUUGUGGUGGGAGCUAUCAUCUAUGCGUUGGCGAGGAAUUUCGAGAAAAUACUGAACAGAAAGAUGGGCAAAGCAGACGCAUACUAGUACUUACAUCAACAUUUAUUUUUGGAUCGGUGCCAACCCCAAGGCUUCGAUCCUUCUAGAAACUUGGACAUUCGAUGACGACAUAUAUUUGACCUAGAUUUACUUACCCCACACUUGAUCAAGACUGCUGCCCCUGCGAGAUUUUAAGC